AUGCCUUCUUCACAGGUCCCUAGGAAUUCCCAUGGCAAUCCACAAGGAGGGGCUGGGAUCGGCUCACAAAGACCAAAUGUUCCAACCAACCCUCCUACUUCGCGGUCGGAUCGCCAGGCACAGAGAGCUAGAGACAUUGCAGUAGAACAUAGGCAAGCUAAUUUAGUUCGCCCAGAUGGAACGAGGAUAGCUUUACCAAUAAGGCACCCCCCCGUCGCCUAUAAGACAUCUGACACCACCUCGUCCUCAAUGGGACAUUCCAGCUUAUGGAGGCAGUUGGAGGAAUCCUCCCCCAUCUGCCAAUACAGUCGGAAAUGCAUUAGUGCGAAGCUUGUCACUGCAUUUCUUACCUCAACUGCGUAUGGUUUAACAAACAAUGGUAUUCUCAUUACUGGAUACCCAGUGAUUGGAUCUCAACAUAAAGUCCAAUCAUCAGGAUCAUGUUUAGAUAGUCCUACAGAUGCAAGUAUCACAGCCUGUGCAUGGGACCCCAACAUUAAGGGUGAGUUCUUCCACCAAACCACAUUUAGUGUAGCCUUGUCCUCAGCCAACAGCUUCAUUAAAGAUGUUCAAAGCCUUGUCAAGUUAAAACCGAAGGCCUUGUGUGGCGUAGAACGCUACAAUGGAAUUCUCAUGCGUUAUGUCACUGCCUUGAGUGCUUAUUUGGGUAAGGAAGGGGAUGCAAUAGACUUUGAUAUCACUUACUACCGAAGUAAAGAUCCAUUGACUCCCAGACUUUACGAAGACAUAUUUGAAGAGAUUGAGCAAUUGGCUAUGUUUAAGUAUGGAGCCUUGCCCCAUUGGGGGAAGAAUAGGAACGUGGCUUUUGAAGGAGUGUUAAACAAGUAUAAGAAUGGUCAAAAGUUUUUGAAGGUUAAAAAUUCUUAUGACCCUUUAGGGUUAUUCUCGAGUGAGUGGACUGACCAAGUUUUGGGACUUAAGGAUGGGAUAAGUAUAGUGAAGGAGGGUUGUGCAAUGGAAGGGUUGUGUAGAUGUACAGAGGACGCUCAUUGUGCCCCUAGCGAAGAUUAUUAUUGUCGACCAGGAAAAGUUUAUAGCGAUGCAAGGGUUUGCACUUGUUUGAAAUCCAAGGAUGAUAAUUUUUUGAAAAAGAUCGUAGACGCAGUCACUGACAAAAUUCAUGAUGAGCUUAAUGAAGAAAUUCAUGAUGAGCUUUGAUCUUGU